UGCGUGUGCGUUACGUUGGCGCGUGUUUCAGCAUCAGGCUUCCAGCUUCCUCCAGCUCUCGGCAUCCACACACAGUCUACAUUCUACACAGUCUACACAGUUCACACAGUCCUGUGACUGCAGUUUUCAUAUCUCAAACAAUUUUCCAAUUCGAUUUUUUUUUUUGAGUCCGGCUUACGCAUCCGCCGUAGCAGUAGCAGCAGCAGCCGCAUAGCCGAUAUCCGCACACCCCCACACAUCCGCAAUGGGUAGGCGGCUGUGGGCAGCAGCCCUGUGGCUGCUGUGCUCCCUCCUGGCCCUCGAGCGGCCCGAGAGCACCCAGGCACGUGGCUCAUGGAUCUCCUUUGAAUGCCAGCCGAAUGAGUACCGUUGCCGCAGUGGACAUUGCAUUGAUGCGGGCAAGCGCUGCGACUAUCGCGAGGACUGUCCCGAUGGCGAUGAUGAGAACGAAGAGUGCCCCGCCGCCUGCAGUGGCAUGGAGUACCAGUGCCGCGACGGCACGCGCUGCAUCAGCGUCAGCCAACAGUGUGACGGCCAUGCCGAUUGCAGCGACGGCGACGACGAAGAGCACUGCGACGGAAGUGGCUUUGGUGUCGUUGACGAUGAGCAGUGUCGGUUCGAUGAGUUCCGAUGCGGCACUGGUGAGUGCAUACCGAUGCGUCAGGUGUGCGAUAACAUAUACGAUUGCAACGAUUACACAGACGAGAUCAGCUGUGCCUACUCAUCAUCAUCAUCAUCAUCGCCAUCAUCAGGGCCAAGCAUUUGCCUCGAAAACAUCGAAUUCGCGUGCCACAAUCGUGAUUGCAUACCGAUUGAGAGCGUCUGCGACGGCAUCGCUGACUGUGGCCAUCACGAAGACGAGGACUAUGCUCUGUGCAACUGCAGCAGCGACAAGUACAAGUGUCAACGCGGCGGCGGUUGCAUACCCAAGACGCAGGUCUGCGAUGGCAAAUCUCAGUGUCGCGAUGGCAGCGAUGAGAGUGCAUGCCACUUCCAGGACAAGUUCAAUAAGACCCGGCUGGGCGUCGAGUGCCUGAGCUUUCAGUAUCAGUGCGGCGAUGGUAGCUGCAUAUCGGGGUAUAAGCGCUGCAACGGCAUCACCGACUGUGCCGAUGGGACCGACGAGUACAACUGUCUGUUUAAUUACGAGGAUGUUGACUACGACACAGACCCGGACAACAAUCCAUUGAAUGAAUGUGAUAUCCUUGAGUUUGAAUGUGACUUGGGUCAGUGUCUGCCGUUAGAGAAGAAGUGCGAUGGCUAUACGGACUGUGGCGACGAGACGGAUGAGCUCGAUUGCCCGGCCUUUACAGAGCAUUGUCUAGAGAACGAGUUUGAGUGUGACGAGUAUUGCAUGCCGCGCGAUCAGCUGUGCAACGGCAUUGCCAACUGCAACGAUGGCAGCGAUGAGCGCAACUGUACUUUUUGCCGCGACGAUGCAUAUCUCUGCAACACUGGCGAGUGCAUUGCCGAUAGUCAGCGGUGCAAUGGCCAAGCGGACUGCUCCGAUGCCAGCGAUGAGCGCCACUGCGCGAGGCGGUUCGUCUGUCCACCGAUUCUAUUGGCCUGCAAUGGUACAUGCGUCCAUCGGAGGAUCCGCUGUGAUGGCAAGCUGGAUUGUAUCGAUGGCUUUGACGAGCGAAAUUGUCCGACGGAUGUGAGAGGCGCUGCGGGCGUGCCCAUAUUAAAGUCCUGCCACCCAGUGUACCAAUGGCAGUGUGCCAGCUCCGAGUGCAUUGAUCGCAAGCAGUUCUGCGACAAUCGGAAGGAUUGUCGGGAUGGGUCGGACGAGUUUCCCGUCAAUUGUAUAGGAAAUGCCACCACACGACUAACCGCCGCCGAUUGCAGUUCGGAUCAGUUCUUCUGCGACGAUUCGUGCCUCAAUCACUCCAUACGCUGCAACGGUGUGUCCGACUGCAGCGAUGGCAGGGACGAGCAUGGCUGCCACCAUACCAUACAACCACCAUCCAGCCACUACCCGACCCACCGGCCCUGUCCGAUCCACCAAUGCCCCAUCAGCGGCAGGUGCUACUCGGAGAGUGAGCGCUGCGAUCGUCGCCGUCAUUGCGAGGAUGGUUCCGACGAAGCCAAUUGCUGUGCCUCCAAUCAAUUCCGUUGCCACAACGGCGACUGUGUCCCCUAUUCGUCCACCUGCGAUGGCAUACCACAGUGCCGCGAUGGCUCCGAUGAGCUGGAGUGCGGCGGCUCGCUCGAGUGCCUGCCGAACCAAUUCCGUUGCAACAAUGGCCAGUGCGUGAGCGCCACGGUGCGUUGCAAUGGCAAGACCGACUGCCAGGACAGCUCCGAUGAGCAGAAUUGCGCUCGCCAUCCAGAGGCCGAUGCAACAGCUGCCACAAGUGGCACAAGCACCACCACCACCACUAGCAGCAGCACCACCACAACAGCCAGUCCAGGUCCAGGUCCUGGUCCAGGUCCUGGUCCAGUGAUCGCAAGCAGUGGUCCCCCACUGCGUAUCAUCUGUCCGGCGACAUCUUUUCGGUGCGAGAAUGGGCCGUGCAUUGCCCUGGGACUGCGCUGCAAUGGGCUGGUCGACUGUCCGUACGACAGCAGCGAUGAGGCGGACUGUGGUCUGAUCAGCAAUGAGAUCGAGCCCAACGAGCCGGGACGCACCACCAAUCAAUUGAAUCUCAAGACAUAUCCCGACAGCCAGAUCAUCAAGGAGCGAUAUAUUAGGGAGGGCCGCGAGGUGAUCUUCCGUUGCCGUGACGAGGGACCAUUCCGCGCCAAGGUACGUUGGACACGGCCCGGCGGCCAGCCACUGCCACCAGGCUUCACCGAUCGCAGCGGACGCUUGGAGAUACCCAAUAUACGCCUGGAGGACUCCGGCACCUAUGUGUGCGAGGCUGUCGGCUAUCCGAGCUACCAGCAGGGCCAGCAGGUCACCGUUCACCUCACCGUCGAGCGCUAUAACGACUUGGGCUCGCGUCCGAGCACAGCCUGCAGCCAGUACCAGGCCACGUGCAUGAACGGCGACUGCAUUGACAAGAGCAACAUCUGCGAUGGCAUUCCACACUGUGCGGAUGGCUCCGAUGAGCACAGCUGCAGCCACGGCCGCAAGUGCCAGCCGAAUCAGUUCCUCUGCAGCAACUCCAAGUGCGUGGACCGCACCUGGCGCUGCGAUGGCGAGAACGACUGUGGCGACAACUCCGAUGAGACCUCCUGCGAUGCCCAGCCCAGCGGCGCACCUUGCCGCUUCAGCGAGUUCCAGUGCCGCAGCGGCCACUGCAUACCCAAGAGCUUCCAGUGCGACGAGGUCUCCGACUGUUUCGAUGGCAGUGAUGAAGUCGGCUGCAUGGAGCCCGUGCCCAUUCGUCCGCCGCCACCAGUGAAGGGACUGCUCGAGAGCGAGCCCCUGGACCUGACAUGCGUGGCCACCGGCACACCCAUACCGACGAUUGUGUGGCGCCUCAACUGGGGCCAUGUGCCCGAGAAAUGUGAAUCGAAGAGCUUCGCUGGCACCGGCACCCUCCACUGCCCGGACAUGCAGGUGCAGGACAGCGGUGCCUACUCCUGCGAGAUCAUCAACUCGCGCGGCACGCACUUUGUCACCCCGGACACCAUUGUGACGGUCACACCGAACCGUCACCAGUUCUGCGAGGCCGGCUUCUUCAACAUGCUCGCCCGCUCCGAGGAGGAGUGCAUCAAGUGCUUCUGCUUCGGCGUGGCCAGCAGCUGCGAGAGCGCCAAUCUGUUCUCGUACGCCAUCCAGCCGCCGAUACUGUCGCAUCGCGUGGUGAGCGUGGAGCUCAGCCCCUACCGCCAGAUCGUGAUCAAUGAUGCGACCAGCGGGCAGGAUCUGCUCACCCUCCACCAUGGCGUACAGUUCCGUGCCUCGAACGUUGUCUAUGGCGGCCGGGAGACGCCCUAUUUGGCUCUGCCCAGCGACUACAUGGGCAGCCAGCUCAAGUCGUACGGCGGCCAUCUGCGCUACGAGGUCAGCUACAUGGGCAGCGGACGGCCAGUGUCCGGGCCCGAUGUGAUCAUCACCGGCAAUCGCUUCACCCUCACCCACCGCGUGCGCACCCUGCCGGGGCAGAACAACAAGGUGAGCGUGCCCCUGCUGCCAGGCGGCUGGCAGAAGCCCGACGGCCGCAAGGCCACCCGCGAGGAGAUCAUGAUGAUACUCGCCAACGUGGACAACAUUCUCAUCCGACUGGGCUACCUGGACAGCGUGGCCCGCGAGGUGGAUCUGAUCAACAUCUCCCUCGACUCGGCCGGCACCGUCGACCAGGGCCUGGGCAGCGCCUCCCUCGUGGAGAAGUGCACCUGUCCGCCCGGCUAUGUGGGCGACUCCUGUGAGAGCUGCGCCCCCGGCUAUGUGCGCCAGCCCGGCGGCGCCUGGCUGGGCCACUGUGUGCCCUUCACCCCCGAGCCCUGCCCAGCCGGCACGUACGGCGAUCCGCGGCGCGGCAUUCCCUGCCGCGACUGCCCCUGCCCGCAGACCGGCAGCAACAACUUUGCCAGCGGCUGCCAGCUGCGUCCCGACGGUGAGGUGCUCUGCAACUGCUUCGAGGGAUACGCGGGCAAGCGGUGCGAGAGCUGCGCCGCCGGCUACCAGGGCAACCCCCUGGCCCCGGGUGGCAGCUGCCACAAGACCCCGGAGUCGUCGUGCAACGUGGACGGCACCUACAGCAUCUAUGCGGACGGCAGCUGCCAGUGCAAGGACCGCGUCGUCGGCGAGAACUGCGACAGCUGUGCCGCCAACAGCUUCCACCUGAACUCGUUCACGUACACGGGCUGCAUCGAGUGCUUCUGCAGCGGCCACCAGGUGGACUGCGGCAGCACCUCCUGGAACCGUGACCAGGUGACGAGCAGCUUCGGCCGCACCCGGGCACCGCACGGCUUCGAGCUGGUGCGCGACUACACGCGUCCGACGGCCCAGAGCCUGGAGAUAGCCACCUACGGCUCGGAGCUGAGCUUCAACGCCGAGGGAGAGCACGGGGCGGACACGCUCUUCUGGAGCCUGCCGGCCGUCUUUCUGGGCAACAAACUGACCUCGUACGGCGGCAAGCUGAGCUACACCCUCAGCUACAGCCCGCUGCCGGGCGGCCAGAUGUCCCGCAACAGUGCCCCCGAUGUGGUGAUCAAGAGCGGCGAAGAUGUGCAGCUCAUCCACUACCGCAAGUCGCCCGUUAGCCCCACCACCGCCAGCUCGUACUCCGUUGAGAUCAAGGAGAGCGCCUGGCAGCGCAGCGACGGGCAGUUCGCCAACCGCGAGCACACCCUGAUGGCCCUCAGCAACAUUACGGCCAUCUACAUCAAGGCCACGUACACGACCAGCACCAAGGAGGGAGCCCUCAAGCAGGUGUCCCUCGACACGGCCACCGCCACACCGCUGGGCACCCAGCGCGCCUACGAGGUGGAGGAGUGCCGCUGCCCCACCGGCUACAUUGGACUCUCGUGCGAGGCCUGCGCCCCCGGCUACAAGCGCGACGAUGACGCCGGCCUCUAUCUGGGUCUCUGCGAGCCCUGCGAAUGCAACGGACACUCGACCCAGUGCGAUGCCGAGUCUGGCGAUUGUAUCAACUGCUCCGAUAAUACGGAAGGACCCUACUGCGAUCGCUGUGCGGCCGGAUAUGUGGGCGACGCCACUGGCGGCAGCCCGUACGACUGCCAGCCGGACGGAGGAGAGCCAGAGCCACAGCCACAGCCCCCAUACCGGCCAUUGGAGCCGGGCAACCAGACGAGCGAAUGCAGCCGCUGGUGCCAGGCGGAGGGAACGGUCAGCUGCCAGGGCAACUACUGCUACUGCAAGCCGAAUGCAAUCGGGGAUCGGUGCGACCAGUGCCGCCCGGGCACCUAUGGGCUGUCUGCCGACAAUCCGGACGGUUGCAAGGAGUGCUACUGCUCCGGACAGUCGACACAGUGCCGCUCGGCGCCGCUCUACCGACAGCUGAUACCCGUGGACUUCUUCAAGAAUCCACCGCUGCUGACGAACGAGGACGGGCAGAUCGAGGACGAGAAUAACCUGGACUUCGAUGUGGCCACCAACAUGUACACGUACUCGCACUCCUCCUACCUGCCCAAGUUCUGGAGCCUGCGCGGCAGUGUGCUGGGCAACCAGCUGCACUCCUACGGCGGCGAGCUGCAGUACAAGCUGCACGUGGAGUCGCGUAACGGCCACAGCGUGCCCGGCCAGGAUGUGAUCCUCAUUGGCAACGGUCUGACGCUGAUUUGGUCGUUCAACCAGGAGACACCGGAUGGCCUCAACAGGGUGCGCCUCAACGAGGAUGGUCAGUGGCAGCGCAAGGAUCGCGGUCGCACUGUCCCCGCCAGCCGCAGCGAUUUCAUGAGCGUCCUCUCCGACCUCGAGCACAUUCUGAUCCGUGCCACGCCCAAGGUGCCAACCGAUCGCACCUCCAUCGGCGACGUGAUCCUCGAGUCCGCCGUCGCCUAUGCCAGCCCCGGCCAAAGCCAAGCUGCCAUCGACAUUGAGCUGUGUCAGUGCCCCGCCGGCUAUACCGGAAACUCCUGCGAGACCUGCGCCCCGCUCCACUAUCGCGAUGCCGAUGACUCCUGCCGUUUGUGCCCCUGCGAUGCGAACAACAGCGAUGGCUGCCGCCUGGACAGCAACGGCUACCCGGAGUGCCAGUGCAAGCCCCGCUUUAAGGGUGAACUCUGUCGGGAAAUCGACACAGGCAACGAGCCCGAACAGGAACCGGAGGAGCCAGAAGAUAAUGCCCUCACUCAGAUUAUUGUGUCGAUAGCCAGGCCCCAGAUCACGAUUGUCCCCAUUGGCGGCUCCCUUACGCUCAGCUGCAGCGGUCAUAUGCGAUGGAACAAUGAUCCUGUGCUCGUUAGCUGGUACAAGCAGAACAGCCGCCUGCCCGAGGAUUCCGAAGUGGAGGGUGGAGUGCUGCAUUUGUAUAACCUGCAGAUCAGCGACUCUGGCAUCUAUGUGUGCCAUGCCGAGAACAACGAGACAAUGCGUGCCUACCAGGACACCGUCUCCGUCACCAUAUCACAGGAAGGCCAACGCUCGCCGGCCCAAAUUGUGCACCUGCCCAAUCAUGUGACCUUCGAGGAGUACCAGCCGAACGAGAUCAACUGCGAGGUGGAUGGCAAUCCGGCGCCCACUGUCACCUGGACCCGCAUCGACGGCCAGGCCGAUGCCCAGACCCGCACCGAUGGCACCCGCCUGAUCUUUGACUCGCCGCGCAAAUCCGACGAGGGACGCUACCGAUGCCAGGCGGAUAACAGCCUCAAUCGCGACGAGAAGUACGUGCAUGUCUAUGUGCAGAGCAGUGCCCCGCCAUCGCCGCCACCGCGCGAACGCGUCUUCAUUCAGCCGGAGGAGUACAAUGGAGUGGAGGGCGACACCUUCCGCCUGACCUGUCAGUCGACGAGCGGCGCCAAUCUGCACUACGAGUGGUCCCUCAAUGGCUAUCCCCUGAGCGGUCAGCGCAACAUCAUUGUCAGCGGCAAUGUGCUCGAGGUGCGCGACUCCAGUGUCCGUGACUCCGGCACCUAUACCUGUGGCGCCUACGAUCUGCGCACCCAUCGCAACUACACCGAAGAUGCUCGCGUCUAUAUCGAGCGUCGCGACCAGCCACCCACCGACGACAGUUCCAUUCCCGUGAUUGUGCGCCUCCAAGAGCUGAUUACCAUCGAGCAGGGACGCGACUUUAGCAUCACCUGCGAGGCCAGCGGCACGCCGCAUCCCUCGAUCAAGUGGACCAAGGUGCACGACCAUCUGGCCACCAACGUCCAUGUGAGCGGCAAUGUGCUGAGCAUCUACGAUGCUCGGCCCGAGAACCGAGGCCCCUACUCCUGCAUAGCCGAGAACAUACACGGCUCCGAUCAGUCCAGCACGAAUAUCGACAUUGAACCCCGGGAGCGGCCGAGCGUUAAGAUCGAGUCACCCGCACUGCAGACCCACUCGGUCGGCUCCCAGGCGUCGCUCUAUUGCACCGCCAAUGGCAUACCAGAGCCCCAAGUGCAAUGGGUACGCGUCGAUGGUACACCGCUCUCACCGCGCCACAAGGAGAUAGAUCGCGGCUAUGUUGUCAUCGAUGACAUUCAAAUUGCCGAUGCCGGUGCAUACGAGUGCAGGGCCGAGAAUCAGGUGGGCAAGGCCUCGGGCACAGCAUCGCUGCGCGUUGUGGAGGCCCCACUGGUGGUGAUUAAGCCCGACCAACAGAUCAUCCGUCUGACCGAUGGCGACGAACUGAAUCUGGAGUGCUUGGCCAGCGGCUAUCCCAAUCCCAGUGUCCAGUGGAGCCCCAAGGGCCAGCAGCCCGAAACGGAGACCAGUCUGGGCGUGAACCGUGAUCUCGGCAGCAACACGGCCUAUCUGAAGAUCUAUCGCGUCAGCCUCGCCGAUGCUGGCAUCUACACCUGUUCGGGCGUCAACGAAGCCGGCAACGAUGAGCGCAGCGUCCGUGUGGACAUUCAGCCGAAACGCGGCGACAUCAGUGACAAUGAUGGCGAUGUGGACCAUGGACCGUACCAAACGGACUACCCGCCGCCACCAGUCUCGCGACCAGGACAAACCCAACGCUUCUCCACCAACAUUGGCGAGAAUGUGACCCUUACCUGCGACCUGGGCCCCUAUGUGACGCGUUGGGUGCGCGUCGAUGGGCGGCCAUUGCCCUCGAAAUGCCUACACCGAGCGCAACAGCCUGGCGAUCAUCUAUGUGCGCGAGCAGAAUCUCGGCCAGUACCGUUGCAAUGCGUACGACAACAGGGACGAGGUGGUCUCGUUUGUGGUAAGGGAGCUGGUGCUGCUGCCGCUGCCACAGAUCACCUUUCAGCCGAAGAUACCGCUGCGCGUCGAUGCCGGCCAGAAUGUGGAGAUAUUCUGUGAGGUGACCAAUGCCCAGCCAGAGGAUGUGCACUGGGCCACCGACAACAAUCGACCACUGCCAGGUUCGGUGCGCAUCGAUGGCCAAUUGCUGCGAUUCAUCUCGAUUGCUCCGGCCGAUGCUGGCGGCUAUCGCUGCACGGCCACCAAUUAUUAUGGC